AUGAGUGAGAAAGCUGGCUUAUACGAUAUCUCUAAACCUCGAUUUGACCUCUCAUCGUACGGAGGCAGAUUAGCGUACUUCUACUCUACCACUUCUCCUCUCACUUUGCUCGCCUCGUCUGCUCAACUCGAAAAAGCUCAGAAGGAUGUAACGAAUUUCGAAAGUAAGAUUAAAGAAGCGGGACAGAAAGGGUAUUGGGUGAAUCAACAGCAGAAAGAGAUCUACGAUAAUGCUAAGCAAUUGGUCAACUCAUCUAUUCACCCAGAUACUGGUAAACCCGUGCCAUUACCUUUUAGAAUGUCUGCAUUCGUACCCACCAAUUUGAUUUACGCUCAGGCCGGUAUGCUCAUGCCUAAUCCAAGUUUGAAGAGUGUCAUAUUCUGGCAGUGGGCAAAUCAAACAUUGAACGUAGCUGUCAAUUUCAGCAAUGCCAAUAAAUCCAUUGAGAUGACACCACAGGAAAUCGGUACAGCUUACGUCGCAGCUACGUUCACCUCUGUGUUCCUGGCCGUAUCGUUAAGUCGAUUGGUACCAAGAUUGAGAGUUAGUCCUGCCGCCAAGGAUAUAUUGGGUAAAUUAGUACCGUUCGCCAGUGUAGCUUCUGCGGGAGUUGUCAACAUCUCAUGUAUCCGAUGGAAAGAGAUGAGGGACGGUGUGGAGGUGUUCAAACUUACCAAAGAUCCGGUAGAUGGAAGUGAAAAGAAAGAGGUUCUUGGGAAAUCACCUAAAGCAGGUCAAAUGGCUGUCAUGCAAAGUGCUGCCAGUAGGGUAUUUACCAAUGUCCCAACCCUCAUCCUCCCCCCGAUGGUUAUGACUCUCCUAACUCGACGAGGAGUCUUCUCAGGCCCUCGAGGGAAUCUCACAUCGAACAUCACCCAGCUCACACUCAUAGGUCUAUCGUUGGGUCUAUUCUUACCUCCCGCUAUAGCUUAUUUCCCCCAAAAGGCAGAGACCAGUCCUGCGAAGCUGGAAAGUAGAUUCAAGGAAUAUAAAGGUCCGGUUUAUUUCAAUAAAGGAUUAUAA